AUAUUCAACCCUUUUGUAACACAGUGCAAAAAUUCUGAAAAUCCUCCUAUAACGCGAUAUUGUUGUAACAUUGUUUCUAUAUAGCAAGAUUUAAUAAAUUUGGACAACCCUCUGAGUUGUACUAACCAACUGUGUUAUAGGAAGCUUGAUGACUGUAUUUUACAAUUUAUACAGUAAUUAUACUAUAAUCUAAAACUGUACAUACUUAGUCUUAAUACUAUAUAUUUUUCUUAACUUAUGUUAACACAACAACUUUGUUUUUCAUAAAAAUCCUUUUUAAUACAUCUACAUAGCCUGCUUACUUUUUCUAAACUUCUUUAGUUUAACAGACCAUAUCAAUGGUCAUAUUCAUGUAACCUUAAACUUAUAUGAUUAGUCUGCCAAGAUAUGGCACCAAAAAGUAAAUUAAAGAACUGCAUAAAUAUAUUUCUUACUUGAAAAGCAUCUGCACUGGCAUUUUUACCUAUCCUACCAGAUUGGAUUAGCUGACAAUGUAAUAUUAAGAGUUCUGAUUGUUUCACAUCAUAUUUAGAAAUAAGGGGUUUUCUGUCAUCGAAGAAUUAUGUAGGAUACAUGUGACCUUCACGAUCUUGACAACUGAUUCCACAUUAUAUUUAAAGGAAUAAUUAUAAUAUACUUGCAGCUUUGUACUAAAAUCCCGAAAAUAUUUUUUACACAACUAUAUAAUAAUAAAACUAUUUUUGUAUGUUUUAUACUGCAUUAAUUUCGUCACACCAUUGUAGUAAUGAUGGUAAUAAUAAAAAAUUUAUAACUAUUGACAUUUGUUCAAAUUAUGCAUUUCUACUAAUCUUGGUGCGCCGGUCACCGGUGACCCCCAUGGUAUUGAACGUGUUAAGCUUUAAAUACUAUACAUCGGAGUGUUACUACGUUACUAAACGACUGUCUCCGCUGUAGUAUAGUCGUCGUCGACUAUCGAGUAGCCAAUGACGCAAUACGAAAAAUAUUGAGCUGCAAUAUACUGUAUAUAUGCAUAUAUACAUGUGACAUACACAUAUAAUCGAUGAUCAAUCUGAUCGGACGAAUAAGAAUAUAAAUAAUUAAGGAUAUAAGUAAUUUGUAAAAGAAGAUCGUAAAAACUUAAACCGAAAUUUGUUACUUUUUCCAAGAGUUAUUGGAAUUAUAUAAUACUUCAAAUUAUAUUGUAUAAUACAUUAAAUUAUAAUAGUUUUAAAUGUAUAACAUUUCUUGUUUUAUAAAUUGUUUUUUGUUUUUUGAAUUUGUUGAUAUAUGUACAUAAUAGCAUAGUACCUGUGCAUAAAUGUUAUAGACUUCUACAGAUUUUUAGAAGGCAUGUACAUCAAAUUGAUUACUUCUUAAGAAGUAUAUGUACAUCAGGAAUCAAAGGCUACAUCUUUGCUGCAUUUUUUAUUGCUUAUUUUAACGCACCUCCUCACAUUUAAGCUGUUUGGAUUUGAGAAUUGACUUUAAAUAUUGUAGUAGUAUAUCGUGAAAACUGGAUAGACAAUACUCAACAUAAGUUCAUUCUACUUAACCUUACAUUCAAUCGAGGUUAAGUUACACAUGUAUUAUAUUAGCUUUAUUUUAGUAUGACGUGUUUAUUGAAACAAUAUAAAUUCGAGUGUCGGGUUAGUUCAGUUUUGAACAAGAAUAAUCGAUCUUAUGGGAAAAAUUACAUGUUCGAUAAUUGUCCUGAAACUUGUUGGAAUUCUGACGCGGGAACUCUUCAGUGGAUAAUUAUUGAAUUUGAACAAGAAUAUAAAAUAAGUUCAUUUGAAAUUGAAUUUCAAGGUGGAUUUGUUGGCAAAAAUUGUCAUUUAGAAGUUGGUAAUAAAGAAACUAAAUUUCAUGAGUCGUUUUAUCCAGAAGACAAAAAUACGAUACAAAUUUUCAUUUUGACAAAUCCAGUAAAAGCAAAAACUUUUAAAUUUGUAUUUAAUGAAAGUACAGAUUUCUUUGGUAGAAUUAUUAUAUACAAAUUAUCUUUACACUCAUAAAAUAUUGUAGCAAGCAUUAUUUUUUACAAAAAAUAAAUGUAAUUAAAUAUUA